AAGAAGCUCGCCAGAUCCAUAUACUCAAUCUUUAGGAGAACAAGAUACUAGUAUGGCAAAUAUAGAUGUGGUAAAUAUAGAUCUUUUUAUACUUAUUAAUCAAGGCUUAGAUCGACUCGAAAAUCAUCAUAGAGGAGUUGGAACACCAUUAAAUAAUCCUAUCAAUAUUAUAAAUGGCAUUAGAGACGAUCGAAACAAUCAAAUAUUACGAUUACAACAGGAUAUCAACAGAUAUAGACAACUCGAUACACUUCAACAAAACCAUAUUAACCAGCUUACCCAAGAUGGCAUUACUUUACAGAAUAAUGCUAACCAUCUUACUCAGGAACUUAAUAACUGUCGACAAAAAUAUAAUUUGCGAGGGCAUAUGUGGCGUAAUGCAAGCUUGGUAUGGGAUGAUCAGUUCAAAAUUAAAUGUGCUCUCGAGAUUAUUUAUAAG